CCUCAACCACCUCACCAGUUUGUCAAGCUUGGACAAAGUCAACACCUCACACAUAACUGACUUGAGCCGGCUCCACCAACCACCCAGUAUCUACCACCAGCUAGUUAGUUGUUCCAGUGCCGGCUAAGUCAGUUGUUAGGACUUUUUGAAGGAGUUGAUCAACUUAAAACAAGUGUGUCCAUAACACUUGUAGACACACACACUCGGCUCUACUCCAGGUAGACAUCUCAGUGCUAUAAUUGACGAGAAGAUUGUUGUCUUAGCCCAAUCACUGUUCUACAGAUGGGAGUCAUUUCGUCUUCGGAGCUCAUCUUGUUGAGAGGAUUCGGUUCUAAUAUCAUGUCAACGACCUGGAGAACUCUCAGAUCAACUUGUACUGUCCACUCAACAAGACUGCAGCAUUGAAAAUGUCCAGACUGCUACUUCUAGUUGCAACUAUUCUCACCUUGCACCAGGUUGGAAGAUGUCAAGAAUUUGCUUACUUCAGGUGCAAUAACUCCACUAAGAUUUUGCAGUUUGUUUACAUUGGAGACUUAACAUUCUACGACUUCUAUGCUGAGACACGAUCUUCAACUUGUGGAUUGAGAGCCGGAGCCUUUACAGGGAAAGGUACUUUCGGUGACCCUUAUAUUUUGGAAAUUAAUCUAAGUGGAGGACUGCUGACUCAACAGCCUGAUUGUGGGGUUAAGCAAUCUACUGAUUCUACCCUGAACCUGGUCAUGAUCAAACAGAAGACGUGUGAGGCGAACUCCAGUACAGACCAACGCUACGUCAGCAGCUGUAAGGUCACGUUACCCCCCAGCAACUACACAACGACAAGCGGCCAAGCUUCAUAUUACUGUGUGUAUCCAGGUUCUAUCAAAUUGACCUAUCAGCAGACCUCGCUAGACCUACCUCCACCGGCAGACAUCUACGCCUUGGGCAAGAGAGCAACAUGCUCUAAAUUUGUUGGUUCUGGAAGUGGUCUUGGCGUGGAGGGAAACCCAUUCCAGUUACAGAUUGAUGCCACGAACACAGUCUUGGAUUGUGGAGUCAUGAGUACAGACGUGAACAUCUACACUGUGCUGAUCUAUGUCCAGCAGUACCCGACCGUACUCACCAAAUACGACUACACUUACCAACUGACCUGUAACUUUAGUAACAACGCAACCAUAACUUUACAGAGCCAGAUCACUACAGUUGUCAGUCAAAACCCAACGCAAGUUUUGUCUCAAAGACCGACAUCUGCCUCGUUAUCUGUUGUCUCAGGGUCAGGAUCGGCAGGGUUGUCUUCUCUUGUCGUUGGCGACCAGAUUCGUUUGGUGGCACAGCUUCUUGAUAGUCCUGCUACUGGUCUUAGGGUGACAUCAUGCACUGCAAGUCCAGGUCAAGGAAUGUUGCCUGUCAUACAAGUGUUAAAUACCAAAGGAUGCUCUACUCAGCCAGUUUUAGUGCCACCGUUUGUCGGCCAGUCUCCAACUGGUACAGUGGCCAUGACUGGACUUUUCAAUGCCUUUAAAUUUGAACAAUCAAAUACCGUGUUCUUUCAGUGUAAUGCAAGUGUUUGUUAUGAUGGUGAUCUACGGUGUCUCGGGAGCCACUGCAAUUUAAAUAGCAGACGUAAACGUGAGGCAGCAGACGACCCCGUACAGGUGUUGGGCGUGACAUUGACGGUGAAGGACAAUGUGACCUCAACGGGUCGAGAGGAUCUCAAGACGCCAAAAGUCCAGGACAAGUCACCUGUAGAAGCUGGGACCAAGGGAGCGAAGUCUUCCGCUGAUCACAAUACAACACUGCAGUUAUUGGACUUGGUUCUAUUGACUGUUGUAAUGGCAGCAUCAAUGUUGCGGCCUUAAAACAAAUUUGUUUUUCUAACUUAAACAACAUGAGAAAUAGAAACCUAACAUUACAAUCAUCAACAACACACCAACACAAAUAUGGACGCUACUUGAACGAUGAAGAGGUGGCCGUGGCCUUAAUACAACAUAGAUGUGGCCAUGACAUGAAAGAACAGAAAGUCAACGCACUACAUGUACAACAAGUUAUUUAGUAUCUACAACAUGUUACACAAUAAGUACAUAACAGUACAGUUCUGUAAUAGAUCUUUAAUGAUUGCUUUAUGUUUUAUAAAUAAUAAACAAAAAUUAAAUUUAAAUAGAUUCAUAAACAUUAUUGUUAUCAUAAACGGGCUACUUGUGAGGCUACAUAAUUGAAUGCUAAUAUAUGUACAUAAUUUAACCUUUUUUUCUUCAUUGAAGAGUUGCGUAGCAACAAAGAGCCUAAAAUUAACGAAAUCACAUUAGAA